AUAGUCAUGCGUGGACGUGAACAGUCACACGUGUUAUUCUAGCCUUCUGCGUUGCGAAGAUGGCGGAUGUUGAAAUCAAAAAAGAGAGGAAAAAGAAGCACAAGAUUGCAGACAAUGAAGUCGGGGACAUCCAAGAGGCUGGCGAUUUCCUGAUUAAGCCAGAAUCUAAGGUGGCCAGUCUGGACACGUCCCAAUGGCCCCUGUUAUUGAAAAAUUUUGACAAGCUCAACAUCAGGACGGCUCAUUACACUCCCAUUCCAAAUGGAUGCAACCCACUGAAAAGAAACAUAAUUGAUUAUGUCAGGUCAGGCUUCAUUAACCUUGAUAAACCAGCCAACCCGUCCUCUCACGAAGUGGUGGCGUGGAUCAAGCGCAUCCUGCGAGUUGACAAAACAGGACACAGUGGCACGCUCGACCCCAAAGUCACAGGCUGUUUGAUCGUCUGUGUGGACCGUGCUACCAGACUGGUGAAAUCCCAACAGAGUGCUGGCAAAGAGUAUGUGGGUAUAGUACGGCUGCACAAUGCCCUUGAGAGUGAGCACCAGCUUACACGGGCAAUGGAGUGCUUGACUGGGGCACUGUUCCAGCGACCGCCCCUCAUUGCUGCAGUCAAGCGGCAGCUGCGUGUGCGCACAAUCUACGAGAGCAAGCUUAUCGAGUACGACCCUGAGAGGAGACUAGGCAUUUUCUGGGUGAGUUGCGAGGCUGGGACCUACAUCCGGACCCUGUGUGUGCACCUGGGCCUGUUGCUGGGUGUUGGAGGCCAGAUGCAGGAGCUGAGGAGGGUGCGCUCUGGCGUAAUGGGAGAAAAGGAUAACCUGGUGACCAUGCACGACGUGAUGGAUGCCCAGUGGCAGUAUGACCACAACAAGGACGAGACCUACCUCAGGCGUGUCAUCUAUCCUCUGGAGAAGCUACUCAUCUCUCACAAGAGGAUAGUCAUGAAGGACAGUGCUGUUAAUGCCAUCUGUUAUGGCGCCAAGAUCAUGCUCCCGGGUGUCCUCCGAUACGAAGAUGGCAUCGAGCUCAACCAAGAUAUCGUAGUAAUUACUACCAAGGGCGAGGCCAUUUGUACAGGGGUUGCACUUAUGACCACGGCGGUUAUAUCUACCUGUGACCACGGCAUUGUCGCGAAGAUCAAGCGAGUCAUCAUGGAAAGAGACACGUAUCCUCGGAAGUGGGGCCUGGGCCCAAAGGCGAGCCAGAAGAAAAUGAUGAUCCAGAAGGGUCUCUUGGACAAACAUGGGAAGCCCAACGGCGAUACCCCUGCAGAGUGGACAGAAGGCUAUGUGGACUACAGUAAGAACAAGAAGAAGGCUCCUGUGGAGAAAAGUGUGGAGCCAGCCACACCUGCUAAGAGAAAAAGGGAGGAGAGUGGAAGCGAUGGCGAGGGUGACACGACGGCAGCUUCAGUGCCUGCGACGCCCAAAUCUGAGGACGAACUGAAGAAGGAAAAGAAGAAAAAGAAAAAGGAGAAGAAACAGAAACUGGCUGAAGAGGCGGCAGCUGCACCUGAGGAGCCUGCAGCAGAGGAGACCCCUGAGGCUGGUGAAAGUGCAAAGAAGAAAAAGAAGAAGAAGAAACAGAAAGAGGAGGAGCAAGCGUCUGAGUAAAAACCUAGGAAAGAACUGUUCAAAACAAACUCUUAAUGAAACUGUAAUGGUGAAGACCCUGCUGGAAGAGGGAUGAGUGCCUGGAGAAGUUGAAUGAAUUACGGACCUGUGUGCUGUUGUUGGAUGAGGGUUCUAACUGCCCUGACUUGGUUGCCUGUCAACCAUUUUGGAUUCCAUUGUUUAGUAACUUUGUGGAUAAUGGUGGGCACUAAAGGGGGUGUUAAUGGCUGUUUACUAUGUUUGAGAUUCUUCCCCGGAUUUUGUAUUAUACAUAUUGUGAUUUGUUUUCUUCCCCCUCCCGUUAACCAGCCGAAUGUGGUAACUUUUUUUUUUUUUUUUAACUUGUAAAUAGAAAAAUCAAGUAUAUGAAUUGCUUUUGAUUUAAUGAAGUUUUUUUCUACAAAAAUGAA